AUGGCGAGACAUCCCGUCCGCGUGCUGCGCCCUGGAUCCGCUGUGCAGUCAGCGCGUAAAUUCACAGAGAAACACGAAUGGAUAACCACAGAGAAUGGUAUUGGAACAGUGGGAAUCAGCAAUUUUGCACAGGAAGCAUUGGGAGAUGUUGUUUACUGUAGUCUGCCUGAAGUUGGAACAAAAUUGAAAAAACAAGAUGAGUUCGGUGCUUUGGAGAGUGUGAAGGCCGCCAGUGAACUCUACUCCCCUCUGUCGGGAGACGUGACCCAAGUCAAGGAGGCUCUGGCAGAAAACCCGGGGAUCGUCAACAAAUCCUGUUAUGAAGAUGGUUGGCUGAUCAAGAUGGCACUGAGUGACCCUUCAGAGCUGGAUGACCUAAUGAGCGAAGAAGCCUCUGAAAAGUACGUGAAAUCCAUUGAGGAGUGAAUGUGGCACCCCGCUCCCAACA